CGAAGGGGAGGAAACUGUGAAUCGAAGAAAUCGAAGAAUUCAGUGGCGAUAAAUAUUUAUUACACUGCUUUCAGAUUCGACUGGUGAAUCCGCGAGACAAGACAAUCGACCUAGGCAGCGUCUCCAUCGGCAAGAUGUCAGUGAGAAAGAUCCCGGUGGUGAACGAGGGUUUAGCAGCGGUGGACGUCAGGUUCGACCUAACAGAAAAUUUGUCCGCUUACGGGAAGUAUCGGGACCGGGAGAAAUCGUGCCCGAUCAACUUGCUCGAUCUCCUCAAACCGGAAUUGGAGAAGGCCUCCGUGGUGGAGACGAAGCGUUCCUGGACAGACGAUACGGAGCUCCAGACCAAAGAGUCGAGAAUGAUGGAACUGCUGCAGAUCCAGCCAGCUUCGGUCACUCUGCAACCGAACAAAAAGAUCGACGUGAUAGUGAGAUACAAGCCUACGUUCAGAAUGCAAAGGUUCACGAAGAAGGUCAGCGUUCAGGCGGCUUCUACCAUCUUGCCGCUGUUCAUCAUGCAUGGAUGCUGCGUCGGGAUGGAAUUCCAAUUGAACGGCACUCUGUUUUCGUUCGGAACGAUCGUCGAGGGUUGCACCAAGCAGUCGAAGGUCGUUCUAAUGAAUACUGGAGACAUCGGCGCAAGGUUCAAAUGGAACACAUCGAAACUGCCGGAAGAUUAUACGAUCAGCCCGGUGUCUGGUUACUGCUCCCCCGGAAUGGAUGUCAACUUCAUUAUCAAGUUCCAACCCUCCCGGCAAAGGAGUAUAAUUGAGGGUGUGGCGACCGUGGAGAUCGAGAAGUACCAAUCCUUGAAGAUAAAAGUAAUCGGGGGCUGCUGCAAACUGCCCGCGCCAACGGAGACCGUCUUCUUCGUGUCGGUGGUGCGCGAGCAACAGACACUAGCCGUGAACGUUCCCAACGACACAAACUUCCCUUGGAAAUUAAUGCCCGAUGUAACCGGCAAUUACUUCUCCGUUGAAGAAUCUUUUCACGUUCCAGCGGGAGGAUUCGGUUCUUGCAUGGUCACUUACGCUCCUACAGUGAUGAACACCGAGGAUACCCAGCAUACGGGCACGCUCUUAAUCAAAAUUCCAGACGAAGGAAUACCCUUGAUAUACUCUCUUCAAGGUCUCAGCAUACCACCGCCGGCCCUUGCCAAAAUCCAUCGACAGUUUCCUGCCAAAACGAAGUACACCGAAUUGUUGCUCGUUCACAAUUGGCUCGGCAAGCAGCAGCGAUUUUACUGUAGCAUCGAGCCGUUGAUUGCCAACUCCGCCCAAACGACGCGAGUUCCCGUCUUCUAUUUUUCCGGGAACGAGAGGAUCGACGUUUCGCCGAACGGUCAUCGCGACUAUCGCGCGGUGUUUCACUCUUACGAGAAAUACAACUUUCGUUUCAAGGUGACGUUCACCAACGAGGAGAAGGAGUAUCAAUUUUACGAAAUCGAGUACAACGUGACCGAACCGGACGUGCUUGAAUCUAUCAAAUUGUCGACCUCGGUACGGGACCGUGUGUGUCACGAUUUGAUAGUGGAAAAUCCCCUGGAAAGCUGCUCGAUCACUUACACGGCAGAGUGCGCGGGCCCUUCCAUCGUGAUCGUAGGGACACCGAAAGUCGUGCCGCCAUUGUCAAAAGACCACGUAACCGUGCAAUAUUAUCCGAUGUUGGAAAGCGAAGAGACGAUCGUUAAGCUCGACGUUUACUGCCAAGAACUCGGCCAUUUUCCGUACGAAUUAAGAUUGAAAGCCUUACCAGCGCUUCCGGAAAAAGUGACCCGCGUGAAUGCAAUACUUGGGUCCUCUUGCACAUUUCCGCUUACGUUGCUGAAUGACACCCAGCGCAAAGCCGCAUUCACUAUCCAAAUCGACAACGAUUGUUUCACCGGUCCAAAACAGAUCGAAGUGGCAGAGCUAACCGGCGGGACGAUAGAAGUUACCUACGAGCCAUGCUGUAUCGAAAAUGUGUCUGCUACGUUAAUCGCUUCGUCUAAAACCGGAGGAGUCUUCGUGUUCCCUUUGAUCGGCACUUCCUCGUUACCAAAACCCACCGGACCUUAUAUCGUCACCCAAGAGUCGCCGGUUUCAAUUCGUUUCAAGAAUGUUUUCAAAGAACGGAAAACUUUCAACUUCUUCGUCGACGCACCCGCAAAUUUUGCGGUAACAGAAAAAUCUGUUACUUUGGACUACAAAGAAUAUAUCGAUGUCACUGUAACACUCCUUGACGAAGAAGAGAACGAUGUGGAAGAGAAGUGUAUGGUCACAGGGAAACUUUUAAUUUAUUGCACCGAUCAAAAUCUUUCUCACAUCAAUUGGGUGCACUAUCUAAGAGGAAUUUAUUCAUAAAACUAGGUUAGGAUAUUUGUUUGCGUUCAUUGAAAUGAAACAAUUAUUACGGAUGCCCAAGGCUCCCUUCUUUUUUCUAGACUACAUAUUUAUGUUCAUGUUCGAACUUCCUACGUCAGAAAUUAUUCCAUAA